AUGGAAUUGAUCAUUGAGGAUAUCUUUCAGGUGAAGUUGCCUGGGUCUGAGACGAAUAACCCGCAGUAUACCGUGCUCUCGGAUGAAAUCGAUCGGAAUAUCGAUGGGAUUAUAUUAGCUCAAUUGACUGAGAACGAACAAUUGUUGGAGCCUUUUGCAUACUUGAAUAACUGUUACAAUAGGACAUUGACCAGAAGAAGAAAAAACAAAAAUGCAAAGGAGCUACAAUCUUCCUUUGACGAGAUCGAAACUUUACUGGUAGGCUAUGGUCUGGUGGCGUUUCAAAUUGAAGAGUUCUGUAUGAAUGGGAAUUUUAAGAACUAUAUCAAAAAGAUCAUUGAGAAAGUGGAUGAUUACACAAAUUUCAUUCCAAAGAUCAUUGAAAGAGCUAAUCAAGAAGGAUCGCUAUUAGAAUUCCUAACAAAUGUCUUCACAAAUUUGCAGUUCUAUUUAACUAAGGACAUGGCAAUGUUUGAUAUCAAUGACUCCAUGACUUACAACAACACACUAUCUAUUUAUGAGAUGUUCCUGACAUUUAAACCUGUAGCUGCAAUUUUCACUAAAGUAGAGGGGUUUUUUGCAGACUAUAAUUGCAAAGCAAAUGAAUUCGAAAAGGUAACCAUAUUAGGCCCUAUUCUAACUUUAUCCCCUUUAAAUCCCAAUGUAGCUUUAAGAAAUUAUGGAGACAACUUGGAGAGAUCUAAGCAACAAACAAUGAUUAUUCAUGAAUCCUUGCAAGCAGAACAUAAAGUCAUUAUUGAACGUCUAUUUUUUGUUAUUGACAAAAUUAUUAGAGGUUCUGAAGAAUCAAGAUCUGAUAUGAUCAGUUACUUUGCACAAAUUGUCAAUAAGAACCAUCUGCGAAGAGGUGACCAUGCCAAUCAAAAUAAGCUGGCUUCUAAUGCUUUCAUGACAAAUAUUACUCUAAUUUUAGUAAAGUUCUCGCAACCAUUUUUGGAUGUAUCUUACAAGAAAAUUGAUAAGAUUGAUGUAAACUAUUUUAACACAUUGAAUCUAUAUCUUGAUCUAUCCCAGGAAACAAGAUUGAACUCUGAUUUCAAAGAGGCUGAUGAAUUUUAUGAUAGGAAUAAAAAAGAUGCUGAAAUGAAACCAAAUUUUAUUUCAGAUUGUUUUUUCUUAACUUUAACGUAUUUACAGUAUGGUCUAGGAGGUACUUUAUUGUAUGAUGAAAAGAUAACGCCACAAUUGAAACGGUUAAGAGAAGAAAUUGAAAGAGUUAAAGAAGCCGCAAAUUCACAAGAUAUGUUCGCUUCAUUUGCUAAUAUGCAACUAAAACAAAUGGAAAAGACACUAAAGAUAACACAAUCGAUACGGUCUGCUCUUCAAGGAUUUUUUACGCACCGUAACAUGCAAUUAGAGGUAUUUGACUUUAUAUGUGGUGCUUCUACAUUCUUAAUGAGAGUGAUUGAUCCUAACCACCAGUAUCCUGCUCAGGCUUUCAAGUUGCCUUUGAUACCUGAUCAAGUUGGUUUUGAAAAUGUCGAUAAUGCAGAAUAUUUAAGAAAGAAUGCGCCAGUCCCAUUCAAAUAUUAUCCAGAAUUCUGUGUGGAAGGACCAAUCAAUUAUGCGUUGUAUAUUGCCCAAUAUUCAACUUCUCCUUUGUUCAGAAAUCCAAGAUUACAAUCCUUCCUGGAAUUUGGUACUACCAUUUUACGUUGCCCAGAGUUGGUUUCAAACCCACAUUUAAAGGGUAAACUGGUGCAACUAUUUAGUGUUGGAGCAAUGCCGUUAACUGAUGGUUCACCUGGUUUUAUGAUGGAAAUAUUUGAGCAUGACGAACUUAUUAAAGAAAACUUGCUUUACGCAUUGUUAGACUUUUAUGUUAUUGUUGAAAAAACAGGAUCAUCAUCUCAAUUUUAUGAUAAAUUCAAUAGUAGAUACAGCAUCUCAAUUAUUUUGGAGGAAUUGUAUUCAAGGAUACCACUGUACAAAAAUCAAUUGAUUUGGCAAUCACAAAAGAACAGUGAUUUUUUUAUCAGAUUUGUUGCGCGUAUGUUAAAUGAUUUAACCUUCCUUUUGGAUGAAGGUUUAAGUAGUCUAGCAGAUGUUCAUAACAUUCAAAAUGAAAUUGAAAACAGAGCCAAAGGUAAUCAGCCAACUAGGGAAGAAAAUGAUCAGGAACUACAGAGUAAGCUGAUGUCUGCAGAAAGACAAGCAAAAUCAUCCUGUGGUCUGGCCGGGAAGUCUCUUAAGUUAUUCGAGAUUUUUACCGCUGAUAUUCCUUCUGCUUUCUGUAGCUCCGAAAUUGUGGACCGUCUAGCAAGUAUGUUGAACUAUAAUCUCGUGUCAUUAGUUGGCCCUAAGUGUGGAGAGCUUAAGGUAAAAAAUCCUGAGAAGUACUCGUUUCAUCCCAAACAAUUAUUAAAAGCGUUGACAACUGUAUAUGUUAAUCUUGCAGGAGAAGAUGAGUUCAUAAGUGCAAUUGCAAGAGACUCCAGAUCAUUUGAUACAGCACUAUUUGAAAGAGCGGUGCAUAUUUUACAAAGUAAAAUUGGUCUUGUAUCACCUGAAUUCUGUGACAAGUUAAUGAACCUGGCAUUGAAAGCCGAGGAAAGGAAGAACGCCGAAGAAGAAGAAGAUAUGGAAUAUGGAGAUGCCCCCGAAGAAUUUUUGGAUCCGUUAAUGUACACUAUUAUGAAAGAUCCAGUGACUUUACCAACAUCUAAGGUUAACAUCGAUAGAGCAACAAUCAAGGCACAUCUAUUAAGUGACUCAACUGAUCCAUUUAACAGAAUGCCAUUGAAAUUGGAACAAGUUAUUCCAAACACGGAGUUGAAGCAGAAAAUUGAAGAAUACAAGAAAAAUAAGAAGAUGAAGAAAUAG